AUGGCUCCCGCCGCGUCUGGUGCUAAGAAGCAGAAGAAGAAGUGGUCCAAGGGCAAGGUCAAGGACAAGGCUCAGCACGCCGUCAUCCUUGACAAGUCCACUUCCGACAAGCUCUACAAGGACGUCCAGUCCUACCGCCUUGUCACCGUCGCUACCCUCGUCGAUCGUCUUAAGAUCAACGGCUCGCUCGCCCGCCGCUGCCUUAAGGACCUCGAGGAGAAGGGUCAGAUCAAGCAGGUUGUUGGACACAGCAAGAUGAAGAUCUACACCCGUGCCAUUGGCGACGCCGAGUAA